CGGAUCACCAAAGAAGAUGAAUCCUAAGGCUGUGUUGGGUUUGAUAUUUGGUAUCUUGUUAAAUAGUGCUCUCGCAGGUUCAUUUUCUCAGGUUUACGUUCAGAAUUCAGGGAGUGAUCCCGCUGGGUUCAUCACUUAUGGCACCCCAUCUGCUGCUGUAUACACAGAUACAAAGUAUGCAAAAUUAUCUGUACCGCCAUUAGGAUCAAUUGUUUCUGUUCCAGCAGCUAUGACAGAUGUAAUACCACCAUGUGUUUCACCGUGUGUUAUUUCAAGUUCAAAUAUUGCACCUGUUGCUCCAUUACCUGUAACUGAUAAUGCAAAAAUUAUUACGUAUGGAGCCCCAAAUUUACCUGUUGUAGUUGCACCCAGUAAGGAUAAUGGUUACGAAUACUCCUAUGUGGUAUAUGAUGAAAAUACAGGUGAUCAGAAAGCACAACACGAAUCUAGCGAUGGAUCAGUGGUCCGUGGAGAAUACUCUUUUAUUCAACCCGAUGGAUAUACUCGUGAAGUGAAAUACACUGCAGAUGAUUUGUCAGGAUUCAACGUAAUCGUGAAAAGAAUUCCACCCAGUCCUGACCACGGAGGAGAAAAGAAAGCUCACCCAAAAACUAAAAGUGAACCAAAACCAUGCGUGGAUCCCAAGAAAGAAGCAUUGAAAGUUAAACCGGAACAUCUUAAAGAUACUUUGGAAUUUAACGAAGUAAAUGCUGAACCUACCACGGCAGCGACAUUGCCAUCAAAAGAUAAAGCGGAAUCAGUACAUGUAACGACUUCGGAAGCUACACAUGCUCCUCACGAAACUCAUGUUCCUGAACAUUCAGAAACUCCCAGUCACCCAAAAAGUGAAGCCGCGCCAGGAGAAAUCCAAGCCACGGUGAAAGAAAUCACCGAAGCACCUACUCCAUCUCUGUCUAUUCCAAACUUUUUAGUAUCGUAUAAUGAUAUUAUUCGCUGCAUCCAAUCCAGUAUUCAAACUCAAGGAUCUCUAAAGGCUGGCCUCUCCCCGUUAACUUACAUUAUUUUGCCUGGCAAGCCUUGUUAAUUUUAUUAUUCCAUCGAUAUCAUUUUAACUAUCU